GAGCAGGCCGAGCAGCGCCGCCAGCAGCUGGCGCGCAGCAGCGAGCAGCUACGCCAGCAGAUGACGCUGGUGGCCAGUCUGCAGGCCGAGAGCAGCGUCCGCGAGCCGCCGGCCAGCGGCGGUCAGCUGAGCGGCAGUCAGCUGAGCCGCCUGCACGAGUCCGGCGAGCUGCUGGCCGAGCAGGAGAGGGCCAUCGGCGCCCUGAUGGAGAGGCUCCGGCAGAGUCGCGAGGAGGAGGCCCGCUACAGGGAGCGGGUCACCAGACUGGAGUCGGAGCGGCGCGACACGGCCGACGUGCUGCAGCGGACGGUGAGCUCGCUGACCGAGGAGCGCUCCCGGCUGCGGGACCAGCUGGCGCAGGCGGCCACCCAGGCCGGCCUCGUCGACCGCCUGCGGGAGAUCAUGCUGAAGAAGGAGCGCCAGCACCACACCCUGGCCAGGGUGCUCCGCGACAUUAAGGCCGAGAUCGUGCAGACGGUGGAGGCGGCGGCGCUGCAGUGGGAGGAGGAGUGCAAGCAGGAGCCGGCCGGCGAGCAGCCACCGACGGCGCGCAGCCGGACGGGCACCGACCGCCUGCACAGCCAGCUGGCCACCGCCGAACGAGAGCUGGAUACCGUCAAAAAUGAGCUCAACGACCGCACGCUGCAGUGUCACCGGCUGCAGGCCGACCUGCACGAGGCCGACCGGCGGCGGCGCGAAGAGGUGCAGCGAUUGCAGCGCCAGCUGGAGGCGAUCCAGGAGGAGCUGGCCAAGUGGGACGAGCGGAAGCGGUGGCAGCGCACGACGGAACGGCUGCGCGCGCGGCUGCGGGAGAAGGAGGCCGAGUGUGAGCGUCAGCAGGCGCUAGCCGCCGGCCUGCGCGACACCAUCCACCGGCUGGAGCGCGAGAAGACCGGCUACGAGGCCAAGAUACGCACACUCAGCGGCCUGAUGUCAGAGGAGCGGUUCCACGCGCUGGAGCGGGAGAACGUGACGCUGAAGGAGCAGCUGAGUCAGCUGCGCGGCUCGGAGUCGGUGGAGCGCGGCGCUCAGCUGGAGCAGCUGCGUCAGCAGGUUCACACGCUCACCAGCCGGCUGGCCGCCCAGCGCGCCGCCGCCAAACAGGGCAAGCGGCUGCGCGCCGACAACCUACGCCUGCGCCGCGAGCUGCUGCGUCACACCGUCACCAGCACCACCGAGCAGCAGGUGAGCCGGCAGUUGGUGCGUCACACCGUCACCAGCACCAGCGAGCAGCAGCUGUUGAGAACGAAUGGCUUUCACGCGCCCCGUCACUCGCCCUUCAAACGCGACAGCGAUUGA